GGUACAUAAAAGCUUGUAAGCUGACCAAGCUUUUUAAAAACAAAACAGCAGCGGCUGUGGCGCUGUGACGCGGUAAGGUGAGCGUACCCGUUGAGUUGUUUACCUGGGUAAACCCCUUUCUUACAUCAGUGGGAUUUGUUUACGGAGUGGGACUCGCAUGUGUGAUUUACGGACAAUUUAAUGGCGACACAUUGAAAUCACAUUUAACCAACGGACGAUCGUGAAAUGUGAGAUGUUGUUCUGAGAGGUUUGGGAUUAAUGAGGAUUCCAGAAUAUGGUCCAUGGCCUCAAACGAUUUCUCCGGAGUUUCAUUUUAACGAAAUGGAAGCCAAGGUGCCGAAUGAAGACUCCUGCGCUUUACUUACUGUUUGUCUCGGUUGCUAUGGUGAUGUUUUACAUGAUGAUUUUAGCACUACCCAGAUACAACCGCCAUGUAGCGACAUCAAAAUCAACCGUUCAUCGCAGAUAUGCUGUACACACUAUGUAUGGAAACGGCGACGGAAGUGGACUGACAUACGGGUUCUUCAACAGAAGUGCUGAGAAUUAUGGGAAUUUUACGCAAUCAUCUAUUUGGGUCAAUCCGGACCUGGACCUUCUACACAUAGAAAAACCAAAUGUUUUACCAAAUUUUAAAAAUCCAUGUUGGUACGAACGUUUAUAUGGAUCCGAUGUUUACAAAAACAAUAAAUACUUAGUGGUGUCUCGCUCGGCACGGCACAAGUCAUUGGAACUAAUCAGUGAAUGGUCCAAACGUUUAUUAGCCAAUCGCAAUACAGCUCAACGUUUACGCUGUUUACCAUACUUCCAAGUGAUUGGCCAGCCGAAGUGUGGCAGCACAGAUCUCUUCUGGCGAAUCAUGAGACACAAGGACGUGUUUUCCCCUCCAAUCAAGGAGCUUCAUUGGUGGAGCAGGAACAGGCAGGGCAAGAACGUCAACUUUACUGAUAUCAUUCCAUUGCCACAAUAUGUUGACAUGUUUGACCAGGCGGCACUACAGAUUGAGAAGUCACCGGAUAUAGAUGAUCAGGAGAUGAAAUAUUACAGUAAAAUAUUAGGCGAGGCGAGCGUAUCGACGUUUUGGGAGAAUGACGAUUGGUUCCACUAUCCAGAGAACGCGUACCAUGACGAUCCCGUCUACACCAACGCCGACUAUAUCAAGAAACUCCUUCCCGACAGCAAACUCAUCCUCCUCCUACGAAAUCCCAUUGACAGAUUGUUUUCCGAUUACCUGUAUUUCAAUAUGGGGAAAAAAUCAUCAGAGGCGUUCCACCAGAGGAUGUUAAAUGGAAUAACUGUAUACAGAAACUGUACAGAAACUCAUAGUAUGCGUCACUGUGUUUACAACAGGGCCGUGGCUCUCCAUUCCGCGACGAGGCUGAGAGUUGGACUUUACAUCAUAUACCUCCGUGACUGGCUGAAAGUAUUCCCUCGGGAACAGCUUCUCAUAUUACGGCUUGAGGACUAUUCCAGAGACCUGGCCGGCGUCAUAAAGAAGGUCUUCAGCUUCCUCAAGUUACGUAAGCUGAAUGAAACCGAAUUUAACCAUGUUAUCCAUGUUCCGAUUGCAAAUGAAAGAAAGAAUAAAGAUAAGCAGGUUGGACAGAUGAUGGAAAAAACUAAGGAGCUAUUAAGGGAGUUUUAUGAACCGUACAACCGGGAACUAGCCGACCUUCUUGGUGACGACAGGUUUCUCUGGUCAUCUACAGUAGAAUCUGACGAGGAUGAGGACGACGAAGAGUAUGAUGAUAAUAUGGACGAUGAAAAGUCAGAAGCGCCAGUGAAAACUACUGGUAUUAGUACUUCGCCUGAUGACAACGAUCUGUCACGUGGUAGCACGGAUCCGUCACAUGAUGAGACUGGACCGUCACGUGAUGACGAAGCUCCGUCACGUGAUGGCACUGGACCACCACGUGAUGAGAAACAACACCUGGCUACAGACAAGGUAACUAGUGACGAUAAACAGAACACUUAUAACAUUGAGGGAAAACGUUCGACAAAAGAGGGGGAGGAGAUGGAAGAGGAGGAGGAGGAGGGGGUCGAUUCACCAAAAGAGAGAGAUGACAAUGAAGAUACGACGGAUGACAGAGUGACAUACAAACGUGUUAAGUUCGCCAUUAAAAAGGCGAAAUUAAAGUCGGAUUAUUAUUACUCAGGUUACAACUGAUUUAAAAAUCAAAGAACAUAGCAUGCUGUGAUAAGACUUUAGGUGGACCAAGGGAUGUGUGUAUGUCUCUUUGAUACAAUAUAAACUACCCGUGUUAACAUGUGUGAACGGAAAUUGGACCAAUAUCAUGUCUUCCAUAAUAUUUUUGCCGAGAUUGAUUUCGAAAUGUUGCUUUAUAGUGUAUGAUGAAUAUCCAUGGCUGGAGACAAAAUAUUUUCCUCAGCUGGAGAUGAAAUGUUUUCCUCAGCUGAAGAUAAAAUGUUUUCCUCAGAUGCAGAUAUAAUGUUUUCCUCAGCUGAAGAUAAAACGUUUCGCUUAGCUGAAGAUAAAAUGUGUUCCUCAGCUGGAGAUGAAAUGCUUUUCUUCAAAUGCUACUUUAUUUUUUGAGGAAUUUUCAUAGAAAAAAAAAGGGAAACAUGUGUUUUGAAACCGGGAACAAUGUACAGCACAUCAAUUAAAGUACUUCCCAACAUAUGAAUGCUUUGUUGUACUGGGCACUGUGUAAUGCUAUGCUUUGUAACAUAUAUUCUUAACUGAGCCUGGUAUGUACAAUGAUAACAGAUCAUUAUACUUUGUUGAUUUCUUGUCGACACAUUCAUUACCUUAGGUUCACAACAUAAAACUAUCAGCUUCAAAUAACUAUAUUUAUAUAAAAAAACUAUUGAAGUAUUUUUUAUAAGAUUUUUGCUAUAAGGUUUGGCGUUAUCAACAUUAUUGCUCUAAUGUGACAUGUUUCCAGGGUAAAAUAUUUGUAUUUGUCUGUUCCUGAUCACACCACUACAUUUGUAGAUCAUUUGAAUCCUGUUCCAUGACUUAAAUGCAAUUUGAAACUAAAUUCUUACACUGUUUUGUCCUUAUUUUGCUCAAUAUUCGCCGAGUACGGAAUGACAUUUACAUCUCAUAAUAUACUCACAUUAGUGAUUAGGGUUUAAGUGAUAUUUGUGUAUAAAUUAGUUUUGUUUUUGUGAAUAUAUAUUUUUAGGUCAUUCCUGUCCAAUUCCUUCUUGAACGAUAUGUUAUAAUUACUGGCGUGUGUUUUUCUCGCAUAUAAAUAUGCGUUUUUCGAAGUUUUCGCUCCUUAGAAAAUCACAAAUUAUUCAUUUAUUAUUUACUAUUUAUUGCUAGAAUUUGUAACAAUCCAAGAGAUAUCACUUCUUACAAGACCUGAAAAUCCAGACUUCUUGCCAGUCUUGAUGUAUACCAGACAAACCGGUCUAUAUUUAUUGCUAUUCACACUAGUAUGUCUGGCUAAUGUGGUAACAGAAGGUGGAUCAGGAAUUAAGAUUAAGACAGAAUUGUUUUCUGUUGUUUCAUUGAAAAAAUAAACAAAUAUUUAGAUUAUGGACGAUUACUUAGUGACUGAGGUCAAAAUCAAGACAUUGACCUUUAGAAUAUAUGGCCUUAUGAUACAGUACAAAGAUCAAAUACAUGGCCUUAUGAUACAGUAUAAAGAUAGAUUACAUGGCCUUAUGAUACAGUAUAAAGAUAAAAUACAUGACCUUAUGAUACAAUAUAAAGUGGAGCUCAUUUUAUUACAACUUACUGACAUCACUUUUUUAUACGUUUUUACAAUUAUACAUUGUAUUGUACAUACUGAAUAAUGUAUGUUCUGAUUUUGUUGUAUUCUCUCUUUAGAAGCAUCCCCUAAUGCCAGAAGCACGCAGCAUUGUUUCACUGUUGAUAUUGUAAUGAAUGUUUAAGAAUCUCAGAUCGUUUUGUCUUUGGGUAGCUAUGUUACUGUAUCUAGACGCCACAUCAUGUGGAUCCGUUUUAGGUCCCAUGGUAACCACCUCACGUUGAUCCGUUCUAGUUUCCAUGGUGACCACAUUAGUUUGGUUCGCUCUAGUUCCCAGUAUGACCACCUCGCGUGAAUCUGUUCUAGAUCCCAGUAUCAGUUCCCAUGAUAGACACCUCACGUGGAUCCGUUCUAGAUCCCAAUAUAACCACCUCAUGUAACUCUGGUUUUGUUCCCAGUGUAACCCACCUCACGUGAAUACGUUCUAAUCCCCAUGGUAACCACCUCACGUGGAUCCGUUCUAGUAUCCACAGGUACCCUUCCACGUGGUUUCGUUUUAGUAAUCACUUUAAUGUAUUUUGUAUACAGAUGUAAAUCGAUGUUGUGUUGAUAUUCUUUAAAGUUGAAAGACCUUUGUACAGUUUCAUAUUUUGUUCCGAAAACUUGUUUCGUUAUUUAAUUUAAUAAAUCACGAAAAGAUGUAAAUCGUCAGGUGGUCGUCUUAGCAACCCAGUACACAUUAUACGACCGGUAAUUAUACCUAGGGGUGCUAGUCAUUUAAAUUACACAAAAUAAAUUGUAUAAUAACCUUGUUGCACUAAAUGUUUAUGUGUCACACACAAACAAUAAAAGAUAAUAAUUCCUCA